AUGGAGCUGCUGCAAGCUGAAAGGGAAGCGUCAAAUGACACCAUCAGUGUGGAGGACAUGGAAAGCCUGAUCCAGAGACUGCCAAACAGGAAGGCACCAGGGAGGAGUGGGAUCACCAACGAGUUCCUUAAGAUGCUGGGCAGAACAUUUGUGGAGGCCAUAACAGCUCUCACCAAUGCAUGCUGGCAUUGGGAGACUUACCCAGACACGUUUAAGGAAGCCAAGACAGUGGCCUUGCGCAAGCCAGGGAAGGCUGACUACCAGACUGCAGGAGCGUGGAGACCCAUUGCCUUGCUGGACACAAUAGGGAAGAUUGUGGAGGCAGCAACUGCAAAACGCCUGCGGAAGAUCGCGGAGGACCACAACCUGCUACCCUCACAGCAAAUGGGGGCAAGAAGGGGCAGGUCCACUGAAACAGCCAUAGCACAACUUCUAGCCCAGAUAAGGACAGUGUGGCAGCACCCAGGACAGGUGGCAUCGGUACUCUCCCUAGACAUGACAGGGGCCUAUGACAAGGUGCUGCGGGAGCGAAUGGUUCACAUCCUCCGGCGACUGGGCAUCCCCAGGGACCUGGUGGGAUGGGUUGCGUCCUUCAUGACCAACAGGAAAUCCACAAUUGCCUUUGAGGGCAAGGAAUCAGACACCUUUGACAUCCCAGCAGGCAUCCCGCAGGGGUCACCCCUAUCACCUAUACUAUUCCUAUUCUACAAUGAGGAACUGGUGCGCAUCUGCUCAAGACCGGGGCGCCCGGUGGUGUGCAUAGCCUUUGUGGACGAUGUCAACGUGAUGGCCUAUGGCCAGUCCACUGAGGACAACUGCAGGGAGCUCCUGCGCAUGCAUCGGGCAUGCGAGGAGUGGGCAGCACGGCACGGGGCGGUCUUUGCCCCCCAGAAGUAUGAGCUAAUGCACUUCACACGGGCGCGCAACCAAUUCAACCUACAGGCUGAGCUGAGACUACCAGGACAAACUAUACAACCGAAACAGGUGAUGAGGGUAUUGGGUGUAUGGUUAGACUCUAGGCUGAGAUGGAAGGGCCACCUGGACGCGGUGGCAGGCAAGAUGAAGACUCAAGUCAGAGCACUGUCCCAAACCACCCAAUCCACAUGGGGGCUCCCACUACGACAAGCGAGAAUGGUGUAUAACAUGGUCAUCAGGCCGGCCCUGACCUAUGGAGCAAUAGCAUGGCACCAGCCACAGGGGCAGGGGGGCACGGGUCCAGCUAAGUCAGGACUGGCCCUCAAGCUGACCACAGUGCAGAACUCCUGCCUCAGAAUAGUGGCAGGGGCAUACAAAAGAACCCCAACAAGCACACUGGAAGCGGAAACCCACACAGUACCCUUAGACAUCCACCUGGAUGGGCUAGUGGCAAAGGCGGUCAACAGGAUGAAGGCCUCAGGAAUGGCGCAACAAAUUGAGAAUGCGUGUGCGGCCAUAAGGACCAGGCUUCGGCACCGGGGGGUGACAAGGGGGGCACAGAGACACAUGGGAGCUGUGGUUCACCCGGCAGCCCUGCCAGUGGACUGGGAACAGCAAUGGAUUCAGGGUGCUAAGGAGAGAGCCACAGCAGAGAUGACACCGGAACAACGAGCCAACCUGGACCAAGCCUCAUAUAAUCACUGGCUGAAGCUCGAGCAGCUCUGGAGGUGGGUGCAGAGGUGGAAAAGACGUGAGCCCCCCUGGGGGGAGCGGCAUGGCCGGCCCCCAGACAAGAAAAUUCUGAAGUGGCACACCGGCCUGCGCAAGGCUCGCAGCACUAUCAUCAUCCAAUUGAGGUCAGGGAAAACCGGACUGGCAGCUUUCCUAAACCGGUAUUUUAAAAAAUAUUGA